AUGAGUUCACAAAAGUUCCUACAUCUGAGCCUCACCAGUCCCCAACUGUCUCUGGGUGCAAGUUUUAAUACAAACGAUUUGUCCGAGUUCAACCGGGCACUCCGCAACGGAGCGAACGUGAAUCUACGCGAUCGUGACUCGCGCUAUUCGGUGUUCGAAUUAGCAUGCAAAACUCCCGGCAAGAAACAAUUCAUCCGAGCCUGUCUGAAUCAUGGAGCAAUUGUGUCAGAGAAAAAUCCUGAGACCUACGAAUUUCCCAUUCAUCUUGCAGCCCUGUCCUUCGAUAGUGAAAAUCUCUCGCAGUUGCUUGAAGUUCAGCGUAUCUACGUCGAUCAGAAGUUCGAGGAUCGUACGGCGCUGUAUCUGUUAUUUGAACAGAUCGAUACCGAUAACAGGAAGGAAGUGUUUGAGUGUAUCAAGUUGCUGCUAAAAUAUCACGCCAACAUAAACGCAACAGAUGAAAACAGUGUGUCUCCGAUAGCGCUGCUAGUGACGGCCGGUAACGACGCUUGGCGCAAAGAAAUAUUGGAUUACUGUCUACAAAACUACUCUGUGAACGUAGACUUUCGCCGAAAACAAGCACGAAAAGCGAUUGAAAAACAUUUUCCGGGAACUCCAAUACCAGACAUCGACAUGGAAAAGGUGACAGUGGAAAUUCUCAGGAACAAGCUGGCAGCUGGUACGGAAGAAGAUUUUCUCGCAGCGUAUGAGAAAUACAUCUCGCAAAUUGAAGAUCACGUGCUCCGGGAAGAAGAUUGUGUCGAGCUUCUAUCUGUCGCAGUGUACCGGGCGAAGCUGAUAGCUGCCCAGAAGCUGCUUGAAGGUCAGAUAGCAGAUGGCAAAUUUGUUGGCAAAACUGCACUACUCUCCGGACUUUUGGCCAAGUGCUGUAAUCGUGGAAAUGUUCCGAUUUUAGAAUGGUUGCUCAGCAUCAUACCGCCUCAUGAGGUUAAGUUGAUAAACGAAGAUCCGCUCCUGUCGUUGCUGGUGAAGCAGAUCGACGUGUACAAGGACAAGAACAAGUGUCCCUUCUUUAAAAGCAUGGGAAUUUUGUUGAACGAUCCGCGCAUUGAGGUCGACAAGAUAGAUGUGAAACGGUACACCGCGAUGCACUACGCUGUGAAAUAUAAGAUCGAUCAUGCCCAGGAGCUGCUGCUUGCCAAAGGGGCCUACAUCGGUGGCGAGGAUCUAUUUGGAGACUCACCGAUAAGCGAGAUGGAUUCGUUCCUGUUGGAAAAACAUUUGGACUCGUGCGUGACGGACAACGAUCGCAAACCGGGCGACGAGGACUACGAAGUGAGAAUUAAUUUCUCCAACUUCAUACCACCAGCAUACAAGCCGAACUAUGAAAAGCCGGCCAUGAUGCCGUUCAGCGGUCUGCCGUACGAGGACGAGAUGCAACCGAUCGUACGGAUGGCACAAUCGUCCGGCACAAAGCGACUCCUUCGGCAUCCGGUGGUAUCGAGCAUUUUAUUGCUGAAGUGGCUAAAGCUGAUUUGCUUCUUUUACAUCAAUCUGUUAAUUUGUACGACGUUCUUCGUUGCGUUCACGAUGUAUGUAGUGUUCUGCUACGGUCGGGAUGAUGCUCCAUUCAAGCAGUUCCUCUACUUCCUCUCGAUUGCCGGAUGGAUAUAUCUGAUAGCGCGCGAGUUGAUCCAGUUUUUGCUGAAUAUGCGCGUGUACGUACGAUCGAUAGAAAACGGCAUGGAAGUAGUGCUCAUCAUUGCGUCCGGUGCCGUGUUGAUGCGAGAGUUUGGCGAUGAAACACGCCGGGUGGCCUCGGCAUGCGUUAUUCUCCUGUCGGCGUUGGAGUUUACGUUACUGGUCGGAACCCUGCCCGUCCUAUCCAUCUCGACGCACAUGGUUAUGCUGAAAACGGUUUCGAAGAAUUUUCUCAAGUGCUUAGUUUUGUACUCGAUAAUACUGCUAGCCUUUGCAUUCAGUUUUUACACCCUGUUCCGAGUGAGUGGAAGCGCCAAACCCGUUGACGCGAACACUGACGGAACGACAGCCGGGCAAGGCGAUGGAGACGACGAUCAGUUCAAUCAGUUCGGGGAGGUUCCGCUUGCAUUGAUGAAAACAGCGGUCAUGUUGACUGGAGAAUUUGAAGCGGCGAACAUAAAAUUCCAACAGUCGAGCUUGAGCUACAUUAUUUUUGCUCUCUUCCUGUUCUUCGUUUCGAUCGUACUGUUCAACCUCAUGAAUGGUCUUGCCGUCAGCGAUACCACGACCAUCAAAGCAGAGUCGGAGAUCAUCGGUAUUACACAGAAAGUGUUUCUCAUCAACAAGUACGAAAAUGCGCUGAAGACAUCAAAACCCAUCCGCUGCGUCACUGAACGUUUGGCGUGGUUGUUUCCCUCGAACAGUUUGCAGCUAUUUUCGAGUGCCGAACCUCUGAAAUACAUUGCGGUAAAGCCAAACCAAUCGAACGCGAUCAUGAUAUCGUCACUGGUUUCACGAUAUACGCACGACGUGGAGAAGGGUGAUCUUGAGCUGGACAAAAAGCUGGAAGAUGAUCAGUUGCUGCAGCGCAACAGGAAGUACGGUACCGAAUGUUGCAUCAUGCCAUGCUUGAACAAUAUGGAUGGUAAAAUAGUGAAAUACGCGCUGGAGAUUCUUCACUCACGCGUAGAGAACGUAGGGUCGGUCGAGUACCGUCUGUCGCGUAUGGAGCAAAAUGUGGAACGGAUGGCACUGGAACAAACAGAACUCAGGAAGCUAAUGCAAUCGUUAGUUAUCACGCUACAAUCAAAGUCGUAG